UGACGCGUCGCCGGUUGGGGGCCGGGCGGCGGCGGCGCGGCUCCCGGAAAGGAGCGGAGUCUCAGGGGAGCCGCCGCCGGGCAGCGGCGUUCGGUUGUCGCUGCCGUCUCGCCACGGUGGCCGUGAUGCGCUCCGCCCACGGGUCCCCGCUCCCGGGAGCCCGACUGCCCAGUCGGACGCUGCCGAACAGGAGGGCUCUAACUCCGGGAGGACUUCUGUAAUGGUGUGUGAGGACUGACUCCCAGAACCCUGCCUGACCUCUGACCUGGCAGCAUGGGCAGGAUCGGCCUCUCCUGUCUUCUUCCUGCUUCCUGGCACUUCAGCAUCUCUCCAGUGGGGUGUCCCCGAAUUCUGAACACCAACUUGCGCCAGAUUGUCAUCAUUAGUGUUCUGGCUGCUGCUGUAUCACUUUUAUACUUCUCUGUUGUCAUAAUCCGAAAUAAGUAUGGGCGGCUCUCCAGAGACAGGAAGUUUCAAAGGUACUUGGCACGAGUUACUGACAUCGAAGCUACCGACACCAAUAACCCCAACGUGAACUAUGGUAUCGUGGUGGACUGCGGCAGCAGCGGGUCUCGGAUAUUUGUCUAUUGCUGGCCAAGGCAUAACGGCAAUCCUCACGAUCUGUUGGAUAUCAGACAGAUGAGGGAUAAAAACCGAAAGCCUGUGGUUAUGAAAAUAAAACCCGGCAUUUCAGAAUUUGCUACCUCUCCAGAGAAAGUCAGUGAUUACAUCUCUCCACUCUUGAACUUUGCUGCAGAGCAUGUACCACGGGCAAAGCACAAAGAGACCCCUCUCUACAUUCUCUGCACAGCUGGAAUGAGAAUCCUCCCCGAAAGCCAGCAGAAAGCCAUUCUCGAAGACCUUCUGACCGACAUCCCUGUGCACUUUGACUUUCUGUUUUCUGACUCUCAUGCGGAAGUAAUUUCCGGGAAACAGGAAGGUGUGUAUGCUUGGAUUGGCAUUAAUUUUGUCCUUGGACGAUUUGAGCAUAUUGAAGACGAUGACGAGGCAGUUGUGGAAGUUAACCUUCCUGGUAGCGAAAGCAGCAAAGCCAUCCUCCGUAAGAGAACAGCCGGUAUUCUCGACAUGGGAGGCGUGUCAACCCAGAUAGCAUACGAAGUCCCCAAAACUGUAAGCUUUGCCUCCUCACAGCAGGAGGAAGUAGCUAAGAACCUGCUGGCUGAAUUUAACUUGGGAUGUGAUGUUCACCAAACUGAGCAUGUGUAUCGUGUCUACGUGGCCACGUUUCUUGGGUUUGGUGGCAAUGCUGCCAGACAGAGAUAUGAAGACAGAAUAUUUGCCAGCACAGUUCAAAAGAACAGGCUCCUGGGGAAACAGACUGGGCUGACUCCUGAUACUCCAUACCUGGACCCCUGCCUGCCCCUGGACAUUAAAGAUGAAAUCCAGCAAAACGGUCAGACGCUGUUCCUGCGGGGAACAGGGGACUUUGACCUGUGUCGAGAGACCAUCCAGCCUUUCAUGAACAAAACGAACGAGACACAGACCUCCCUCAAUGGGGUCUACCAGCCCCCUAUUCACUUCCAGAACAGCGAAUUCUACGGCUUUUCUGAAUUCUAUUACUGCACGGAGGAUGUGUUGCGGAUGGGGGGAGACUACAGCGCCGCUGCGUUUACCAGAGCCGCGAAGGAUUAUUGUGCAACAAAGUGGUCGGUCUUGCGGGAACGUUUCGACCGAGGACUGUAUGCCUCUCACGCCGACCUCCACAGGCUCAAGUAUCAGUGCUUCAAAUCUGCCUGGAUGUUUGAGGUGUUCCAUAGGGGCUUCUCGUUUCCCAUCAACUACAGAAGUUUAAAGACAGCCUUGCAAGUUUAUGACAAGGAGGUUCAGUGGACCCUCGGAGCAAUCCUCUACAGGACCCGCUUUUUACCCUUGAGAGACAUCCAGCAGGAGACCUUCCGGGCCAGCCACGCGCACUGGCGGGGCUUCUCCUUCGUGUACAAUCACUACCUGUUCUCCGGCUGCUUCCUGGUGGUCCUGCUUGCCAUCCUCCUCUACCUGCUGCGGCUGCGGCGCAUCCACAGGCGGGGCCCCCGCAGCGGCACGACCACCACCCUCUGGCUGGAGGAGGGCCUGCCCUCCCAGAAGAUCGCGGGUACCUUGUGAACCGGACUCACAGCCCCCGGAAGACUCUAAAGGAAAAGCCAUUUUUGCCUCAGGGUUUCUCCUCUUCCUUCUCAUGUGGUGGUGGUUUUCCUUUUCCCUUUUGGUUUCCCUGAAACAAAAACAAAAUCCAUUGUUCGUAAACUGUGCUGCCCUAGAAGUACUGCGUUUAGCCGUUCUGUGUGCGGCUUUAAAUUGAGGAGUAGGAAAAAGGGAAAAUCACUUCAUUUUUGCUGCAUAGGACGUCUGCCAAAAAACACUCUGACACUGGAGGGAAAUGCCAAGGCUGCUUUCUGCCAGCAGGGUGGGACCGCGGGGGUGCUUUCGCAGAACCAAACACCAACUGACUGAAUUGAAAUCCUCUUUCUCCCUCUGUCCUGAAAGCACUAACCUGAAGAGGUGCUGUUUAGUUUUACUUACUGUUCCGGGCUGUUGCUAUUUGUUUUCUUUGCAGGUUUAAAAAACCAAAACCAUUUAUAUCCAACUUAGAGAGAUAUUGGCACCGGGAGGGAACAGUGUUUUAAACUGAGAGUGCAGAGACCUGAAAAAUAGGAAGUAACGACCAGAGCGCUCUGUGUGUGUGUGUGUGUGUGUGUGUGUGUGUGUAUGUGAGUGUGUGUGUGUGAGAGAGAGAGAGACGCUGAUGAAAGAAAAUGAGGCAACACUGUACUCUUACUUUUAAAAGCACACACUUCAGAAUUCAGUGUUUCAUUUCAUUUCGUUUAGAAAAAUCAGUCCCCAUUACUGUUGUCUUUUCCUGAUCACAGGUACUUUCUUUACCCCAUCUUUCAGCAGCCUUAGAACACUGUGUGUGUGAGCGAGUUGGAAAAUUCAUGGUCUCGCUGGUUUCGGUGUUCGUAGAACCAGAGCUGGUAAUGCCAAUAGGCACGUCAGGAUUUCUCGGUAGAAUAUUUGUCCUUGUUGGGUUGUGUCCAGUUUCUUCCAUCUUCAAGUUGGUACCCACCCCACUGUUACUUAUCAAUUGUCUCAGCAGUUUUACCUCGGAGACCCCAUGCUUAGCCUGACAGAGUCUCCUUAUUACCUUGUGGUUGAGGUGGUGUCAGCAAUUCCACUGUAAAUCCGACCAAGAGAAGAAUUUCAUCCAAAAAAAAAGUCAGCUCACAUUUUGAGGAUAACAAGUGUGACAGUUUAAACAGAAACCUAAAAAGGACAACUGGGUUGAUGUGUGUGUGAUUGGUUGUUUUUCACCUAUUCAUUUAGUUUAGAAGCUUCGGGAAUUCUCAUACAUUAUUUUUAGGUGAUACUCUGUGGGUGUGUGUGUGUGUGUGUGUGUGUGUGUGUGUACACGCACACGUGCACACUAUUUCCUAACUCCAGAACAGCUAAAUUCAUCUAGUUGGUAGCAAAUGUAUAUUUUGAGAACCAUCAGCUGCUUUUUUAAAAAAAUUACUGGUGAGAGAAAGAAUUCUGAUUCUGAAGCCCUUAUUUAAUUUAGAAAAAAAUUGGAUUUUUAUCUUGAUUAUUAACUACUUUAAAAAUAUGACAUACUGUAUAUUGAUGGCUUAAAAGAUUACAAAUUUAUGAAAGAAAUGCAGAUCCUCUUACUCUGCUCUUCAAAGUGAGUAUUCUGACAAUGGAAAAGCUUUUGGUAGACAGUUUACCUCUCAAAUUUAAAAAGCAGCUUGGAGGAGCUGUGUGGUGUUACAGCAUCUGAUGUGUAGAAAGACUUGUUUCAGAGAGGGUGGAGACAAAUGUGUCUCAAAAAGUCCAGCUUCUUUAAAUGCUGGUCUCCAGCUGUUUAGACCCUCGGUCCCUGGUAAACACUGUUCCUUAUCAAGAUGCAGCCGCACAUGCGCUGUGUCAUGGAUGCCCCAGAGGCAGAGUGAACUGGCCUGCUUCUCCUUGACUUCUUAGAGGGGUUUGCCCUGGGGCUGUGGGUGGCAUUAGUGGUGAAGAGGAAGGAAGUUCACAUACUAGCUUUUCUACCACCAGCCAUUUGGAGUAGUAAGGCCCUAACCUGCAGAAUGAAAAUUUCCCAAUGCCUAGAGUAUGUGAUUUUGCCUUUCAAAUCAAAGCAAGGAGAAGCCAGCACAGGCUCAGAUUUAAAUAGGCCUUAAUGAAGACUUCCUACUAUAAAAAACUGCUUUUUAAAUCAAGGAUGCUCAUCUGGUCCAGCUCUGUACUAUUUGGGGAGCGGAGUAGAGACCAGCACGGAGGACCCAAGGCUGAGCACUCCCCUGCCAGGACCUACCUCACUCUCCAAAAGAAGCCCCCAGGUGAGGGUUCCAAGGCCCAGUGGCCUUGUACUCUGCACAGCUAGGUGCCAUGUCCCGCACAGGGCAAGUCUAGGAGACCCUUGAGCCGAGAACAGUGUUUCAGUUUUUAAAGGGUCAUUAAAGAAAGAAAAAUAAAAAGUGAUGGAAAAAUAAAAAGCAACAGGGACUACGUGUGAUCUGUAGAGCCUCAAAUAUUAACUAAAUGUCCCUUCACAGAAGAUGCUGCUGACCCUGCACAAAAAGUCUGUUCAAGAACAGGUGCACAGUCCCAUCCUCUUCAUUCCGGAAGGUCGCUGCCACUUGUGGGCACAAAGAGAUGGGCAAGAACAGUGACCAGACUUCAGUCUUAAAAUAGUUGUUUUUGCACCAGAAUUUCACUUGUUAUCUUUUCCUCUAGAUUCUUUCCAAGAUCAGUUUUCUAAUAAACCAGGAAAAAUACUGCUCCCCACCCCCCGCCAGCAAUUUUAAACAUGCUGUUCAGGGCUCACUACGUUGCGUUGAGACGUCUGCAGUCACGGAAAGGUCUCGGUAGUUUUUCACCGCCUGGUACCACUGGCGGGAAGACCGCCAGGAUUUCCUCUCCGUGACGCAGGUGCAGGCUGGGGUGAGAGGCUGCAGGAAUGGGCUUAACUUAGGAAGCAAAGAACUCAUCUCCAUGAAGGGCAGGCCAAGAAAGCAGUAAAAUCUGAACACUUUCAGCAAUAGGAGGCAAAAGAAGUUGGACUGGUGGGGACUUGCUAAGAGCCUGGCAAAGAGAAACGUGUGUUAAUAACUCUUGGUGGAAAGACGCCUACUGCUGCUCCUCAGAUCUCUGGAGGACACUCUCAGGAUUUUACAAUCCAUUGAAGGACAUCACAUGAGAAGUACAGGCUGAUUUGCUACGAGUGGUUUACACCCGUUUCCACCCUAGACUCAGCCGCGCUGCCCACCCCGGGGGUAAACUGAAGAGGCGGCCGUGGCUCGGCCUGGCCGCCUGGAGGCCCAGAAGGCCGCCUGCUCACCACCUGUUGUCACAGCUGUGCGCCCAGGUGGGCAAGCUCCGGAUGAACAGGUAUUUGAAUUUUAAACUCAGGCCUAUGGAGGAUCCUUUUCCUUACAAGAAGCCUGCACCACUUAGCAAGAAACUCAAAAAGGCAAGCGUGUUUUCCAAGCUUUCAAAAAAAAAAAAAUCAGCUUUAGAAUUUUGUGUGGUGACGUGCAAUGCAGCAGAACUACCUGUAAGUUAAACUAUUUAUUUAUUUCUCUUCCAGGGUAUUGUUUUUAUUAGGUUGAUUUUUCCCUUCAGUAGUGAAUGAUGUGACCAAUCAAGGAGAUCUCUUUGUUCUGCUAACUCAGAUUUGAUUUUACAGUUGGAAAUUGUAUCAACCAAGGGAGCAUCUUUAAGUGUUUUUUAUUUGAACGAUGUUUUCCAUUCAAAGUAAGAAUACUUAUUUUGGGGGAUGGUUGUGAUGUCCCUCCACUGUCUACAUUUGGCAGCUUCAUGUUGUCACACUCCACAUGGAUGGGUGUUAAGAAUCAAUAAAAUGGAUGUUCAUCCGCUGGCCCGUAGACUCUGUGUGAGCUGCUCUCUUGUGAUUUAAAUAGGUUUUUCUCUGAUGUCUGAAUCUUGGUACUUGUUAGAAUGUUUAAUUGAACUUGAAUCUAAAUUCAGUAAAAUAAAUUGAGUCUGACUACGUACA